AUGAGUGCGAUCCUCGCGCCCGAGUCGUUCCGGCGAGAGAAGCGUCUGGGCCCGCGCUGCGUCAAGGCGGAGUGCCCUCUCUACAAGUACGCCCGCGGCGUCGCGCUCGAGUUCGGCGUCCUCCUCCUCAUCCUCUGCUACGUCGCCACGUACGCGCUGCACGACUACGAUAUGUUCGAGCACAAGUGCUACUGCGAGCUCACGGAGCAAGCGUGCGCGGACAAGCACCACAUCAACAUCUGGACCGAGACGUGCGUCAACCCGUGCACCAGCGAUGGGGACGGCGUCGGCUGCUACAACCAGGCCGGCGACCACAAGUGCGACUGUGCGCUCGCCCAGGACGAGUGCACCGCGGGCACGUGGAUCUCGGCGUGCUCGUGGUGCGUCGGGCCCAUCCCGGACGGACCCGAGGGCUGCUACGACACGUCGGAGCACAAGUGCGACUGCGACAUUUCCGAGGCCGACUGCAAGAUCCCGCACGUCUGGACUGAGGGCUGCGCCUCGUGCUCCUCGUCGAGCGCCCGCACGCCCGCCGUCGGCCUCGCCGCGAUUCGCUAA